AUGCUACUAAACACCCCACAGUUGACAGGACAGCUGUCCACAGCAAAGAAGUAUGUGGUCCCAAAUGUCAAUAUUACCAAGGCUGAGAAAUCUCGCCUAGACAGUGGUCAAAUUGCCAUUCUCAGAUCAGGAGAAGGCCUGGGGAAAAUAAUCCAGAGAUUUCCACAGAAGGACUGGGAUGAUACACCUUUUCCACAGGGAAUUGAAUUGUUUUGUCAGCCUGGUGGGUGGCAGCUGUCCAGAGAGAGGAGACAGCCAACAUUCUUUGUGGUGGUCCUGACAGACAUUGAUUCAGAUCGUCAUUACUGCUCCUGCCUAACCUUCUAUGAGGCAGAGAUCAAUCUCCAGGGAACCAAGAAAGAAGAGCUUGAAAGUGAAGAGGAAGUGUCUGGUUUGAUUCAGCCCGCAGAAGUGUUUGCUCCAAAAAGCCUGGUGUUGGUAUCCAGAUUAGACUAUCCAGAAAUCUUUAGGGCGUGCCUGGGUUUGAUCUAUACUGUAUAUGUGGACAGUCUGAAUGUCUCCUUAGAAAGUCUCAUUGCAAACCUGUGUGCAUGCCUUGUCCCUGCAGCUGGUGGGUCUCAGAAGCUCUUUUCCUUGGGUGCAGGCGAUAGACAGCUGAUCCAGACCCCUCUACAUGACAGUCUUCCUGUCACCGGCACCAGUGUGGCGCUCCUGUUCCAGCAGCUGGGAAUUCAGAACGUCCUCAGCCUUUUUUGUGCAGUCCUCACAGAAAAUAAAGUUCUCUUCCAUUCGGCAAGUUUCCAGAGACUUAGUGAUGCUUGCAGAGCCCUGGAAUCGCUAAUGUUCCCUCUUAAAUAUAGUUAUCCUUAUAUUCCCAUUCUCCCGGCUCAGCUGCUAGAGGUCCUGAGUUCCCCAACACCUUUCAUUAUUGGAGUUCAUUCGAUCUUUAAAACUGAUGUCCAUGAACUUUUAGAUGUAAUCAUAGCAGAUUUGGAUGGAGGCACUAUUAAAAUUCCUGAAUGUAUCCACCUGUCUUCCCUCCCGGAACCACUUCUGCAUCAGACUCAAGCAGCUCUUUCCUUGAUUUUACACCCAGACUUGGAAGUAGCCGAUCAUGCUUUCCCCCCCCCACGAACAGCUCUAUCCCACUCAAAAAUGCUGGAUAAAGAAGUGCGCGCAGUUUUCCUUAGAUUAUUUGCACAACUUUUCCAAGGAUAUAGAUCAUGCCUACAACUUAUAAGAAUUCAUGCAGAACCAGUAAUACAUUUCCACAAGACAGCUUUCCUGGGGCAGCGUGGUUUGGUUGAGAAUGAUUUCCUCACCAAAGUACUCGGCGGCAUGGCCUUUGCAGGGUUUGUUUCAGAAAGAGGCCUUCCCUAUCGAUCCUGUGAUCUCUUUGAUGAGUUGGUAGCCUUUGAAGUAGAGCGGAUUAAAGUAGAAGAAAAUAACCCACUGAAGAUGAUAAAGCAUGUUAGAGAACUUGCGGAGCAACUUUUCAAAAAUGAAAACCCAAACCCUCACAUGGCAUUCCAGAAAGUGCCGCGCCCAACAGAAGGAUCCCACUUGCGAGUUCAUAUUCUUCCUUUCCCAAAGAUUAAUGAAACCCGGGUUCAGGAAUUAAUACAGGAAAACCUUGCUAAGAACCAGAGUGCACCACCUGCCACGCGAGUGGAAAAGAAGUGUGUUGUGCCAGCAGGUCCACCUGUCGUUUCAAUAAUGGAUAAAGUGAUGACAGUUUUCAACAGUGCACAGAGACUAGAAGUUGUUAGGAACUGCAUCUCAUUCAUAUUUGAAAAUAAAACUUUGGAGACUGAAAAGACCCUUCCUGCUGCCCUAAGAGCCCUGAAGGGAAAGGCAGCACGGCAGUGUCUUACUGACGAACUGGGUUUACAUGUCCAGCAAAACCGGGCAAUACUCGACCACCAGCAGUUUGACUACAUAAUAAGGAUGAUGAACUGCACUCUGCAGGAUUGUUCAAGUUUAGAAGAAUAUAACAUUGCUGCAGCCUUGCUCCCCCUGACCAGUGCUUUCUAUAGGAAACUUGCCCCUGGAGUCAGCCAGUUUGCAUACACCUGUGUACAGGACCACCCCAUUUGGACGAAUCAGCAAUUCUGGGAGACCACCUUUUAUAGUGCUGUGCAGGAACAGGUCCGCUCCCUGUACCUCUCAGCCAGGGAAGACCAUCAUGCUCCACAUUUGAGGCACAAGGGUAAGCUUCCUGAUGACCACCAGCUUCAGGAAAAAACAGCCAUGGAUCUAGCCGCAGAGCAGCUCCGCUUGUGGCCCUCUCUGAGCAAGUCGACUCAGCAGGAGCUGGUGCAGCGAGAGGAAAGCACCGUCUUCAGCCAGGCCAUUCACUUUGCAAACCUCAUGGUCAACCUGCUAGUUCCACUAGACUCAAGUAAAAACAAGCUCCUCAGAUCAUCGGCCCCAGGCGACUGGGAAAGCGGGAGCAACAGCAUUGUUACCAACAGUAUCGCUGGAAGUGUGGCUGAGAGCUAUGACACAGAGAGUGGGUUUGAGGACUCAGAGAAUAAUGACAUCGCCAAUACUGUUGUGCGUUUCAUUACCCGAUUCAUUGACAAGAUUUGUACAGAAAGUGGAGUUACUCAGGAUCACAUCAAGAGCCUUCAUUGCAUGAUACCAGGAAUUGUAGCUAUGCACAUUGAGACCCUAGAAGCAGUGCAUCGCGAGAGUAGAAGACUUCCACCAAUACAGAAGCCCAAGAUUCUUAGACCUGCUCUACUGCCAGGAGAAGAAAUGGUUUAUGAAGGUCUUCGAGUUCUGCUGGAUCCUGAUGGAAGGGAGGAGGCCACCGGAGGCCUUCUUGGCGGCCCCCAGCUGCUGCCCGCAGAAGGAGCCUUGUUCCUCACCACGUACAGAAUUCUCUUCAGAGGAACCCCCCAUGACCAGCUAGUCGGUGAGCAGACAGUUGUGCGGAGCUUUCCCAUUGCCUCCAUCACCAAGGAGAAGAAGAUCACGAUCCAGAACCAGCUACAGCAGAACAUGCAAGAAGGGCUUCAGAUCACGUCUGCAUCGUUUCAGUUGAUUAAGGUAGCAUUUGAUGAGGAAGUGAGUCCGGAAGUAGUCGAGAUCUUCAAGAAGCAGCUGAUGAAGUUCCGCUAUCCCCAGUCCAUUUUCAGCACCUUUGCUUUUGCUGCUGGACAAACUACCCCCCAAAUAGUCUUACCCAAACAGAAGGAAAAGAACACCUCCUUUCGCACCUUCUCAAAAACAAUUGUGAAAGGUGCCAAGCGGGCGGGGAAAAUGACAAUUGGGCGGCAGUAUUUAUUGAAGAGGAGAACGGGGACAAUUGUCGAAGAGAGAGUGAAUCGUCCUGGGUGGAAUGAGGAAGAUGAUAUAUCCGUUUCAGACGACAGCGAACUCCCCACGAGCACCACGCUGAGGGCCUCUGAGAAGUCAACCAUGGAGCGGCUGGUGGAGAAGGCCUGUUUCAGAGACUACCAGCGCUUAGGCUUGGGGACCAUCAGUGGCAGCUCCUCCCGCUCAAAGCCCGAGUAUUUUCGGAUCACCGCCUCCAACAGGAUGUAUUCACUGUGCCGGAGCUACCCUGGCCUGCUCGUGGUCCCCCAAGCUGUCCAGGACACCAGUCUACCAAGAGUAGCCCGCUGCUAUCGACAUAACCGCCUGCCUGUCGUAUGCUGGAAGAAUGCAAGAAGCAGCACCCUGCUCCUCCGCUCGGGAGGAUUCCACGGGAAAGGAGUAGUUGGUCUUUUCAAAUCCCAGAACUCCCCUCAGGCAGCUCCUACCUCCUCUUUAGAAUCUUUCAGUAACAUAGAACAAGAGAAGUACUUGCAAGCCUUACUGAGCGCAGUGUCUGUCCAUCAGAAACGCAGUGGCAACAACACACUCACUGUCAGGCCAGCUCUUGCUCUGUCUCCAGGGACUGAAAGGAGGACUUCAAGAAUGUCCACUGUGCUUAAGCAGGUAGUGCCAGGACAUUUGGAUGUAAACCCAUCCAAUAGCUUUGCUCGAGGAGUGCUUGAAUACAGAGAUGAAUGUUUUACUCAGUCAAAUCCCACAUCUUCAGCUAAGGGAAGAGUUCCUAAUAACCAAGGUGUGUGGGCAAGUCUGCGCUCUAGCACCCGCCUGAUCGGCUCUCCAACAUCCUUCAUUGAUGUUGGCGCCCGGCUGGCAGGCAAGGAUCACCCGGCCUCCUUUAGUAACAGCGCCUACCUACAAAACCAGCUCUUGAAACGCCAAGCGGCCCUUUACAUAUUUGGUGAAAAGUCACAACUAAGGGGCUUCAAGUUAGAAUUCGCUCUGAAUGGCGAGUUUGUUCCUGUUGAAUUUCAUGACAUCCGACAAGUGAAAGCCAGCUUUAAGAAACUCAUGAGGGCUUGUAUCCCGAGCACCAUCCCUACUGACUCAGAAGUGACCUUCCUGAAAGCCCUGGGCGACUCUGAGUGGUUCCCACAGCUUCACAAGGUGCUACAGCUGGCCGUGGUGGCAUCAGAAGUACUUGAGAACGGCUCUUCAGUGUUGGUCUGUCUGGAGGAAGGCUGGGACAUCACUGCACAAGUGACAUCUCUGGUUCAGUUACUCAGUGAUCCCUUUUAUAGGACACUUGAAGGCUUCCAGAUGCUGGUGGAAAAAGAGUGGCUCUCUUUUGGUCAUAAGUUCAGUCAGCGGAGCAGCUUGACACUCAACUCUCAGGGCAGUGGCUUUGCUCCGGUCUUCUUGCAGUUCUUAGACUGUGUGCACCAGGUUCACAACCAGUAUCCAACCGAGUUUGAAUUCAAUCUAUAUUAUUUAAAGUUCUUGGCUUUCCACUAUGUGUCUAAUCGCUUUAAAACAUUUCUCCUGGAUUCCGACUAUGAAAGAUUAGAGCAUGGAACCUUAUUUGAUGAUAAAGGAGACAAGCAUGCCAAAAAGGGCAUUUGUAUAUGGGAGUGUAUUGAUAGAAUGCAUAAGAAGAGUCCCAUUUUCUUUAAUUAUUUGUAUUCACCAAUGGAAAUAGAGGCCCUGAAGCCCAAUGUAAAUAUCUCCAGCCUUAAGAAGUGGGAUUACUACAUCGAGGAGACCCUGUCCAUGGGCCCUUCCUACGACUGGAUGAUGCUGACCCCUAAGCACUUCCCUUCUGAGGACGCUGAGCCCAGCAGAGGAGCUGGUCCCCAGAGCCGGAGAAGAACAGUGUGGCCCUGCUACGAUGAUGUCAGCAGUGCACAGCCUGACGCGCUCACCAACCUGUUCAGCGAAAUUGAACGAUUGGAAUAUAAAUUGAACCAAACCCCUGAGAAGUGGCAGCAGCUGUGGGAAAGGGUGAAAGUGGACCUGAAAGAAGAGCCCAGAGCAGACCGUGCCCAGAGACGCACUGCCGGCUCCCCAGGAAUUGUGUCUACCAACCUCCCCUCCUAUCAGAAGCGGGCUUUGCUGCACCUCCCAGACAGCAGCGGGGCAGAGGAGCAGAACACCAGCAUCCCGCCGUCCAAUGGGGUGGACCGGAGAGCGGCCACACUGUACAGCCAGUACACCUCCAAGCAUGAUGAAAACAGGUCCUUUGAGGGGACUCUCUACAAAAGAGGAGCUUUGCUGAAAGGCUGGAAGCCCAGAUGGUUCGUUUUGGACGUAACAAAGCAUCAGCUGCGAUACUAUGACUCAGGAGAGGACACGAGCUGCAAAGGCCACAUCGACCUGGCUGAAGUGGAAAUGGUCCUCCCCGCUGGCCCCAGCCUGGGGGCCCCCAAGCACACGAGUGACAAGGCUUUCUUUGAUCUCAAGACCAGCAAGCGUGUCUAUAACUUCUGUGCCCAGGAUGGACAAAGCGCCCAGCAAUGGAUGGACAGGAUCCAGAACUGUAUCUCAGAUGCCUGAUGCCCUUGGUCAGCCAGAGAAGGGAAUGGGGUGCUGCCAGGGAGGAGAGGCCGGUGUGAGCCCUGGAGGAUUCUGAUGAGUCACCUCAGACUGAGGCUCCCCUGCCCUGUCUUCCUCAGCUCCCCUCUCCUUACCUGCAUGGGUGUGUCAGAUGAGCCAGGUCCCAGGAAGCUCAGGCACUCCCUGAACCUUGCCGUAGUACAUUGUUCUCCUCGGGUCCCAUCCCAGUGACUCCAGGUCAGAAGAAUGCCUCUGAGCCACCUGUCAUCCCUCCUCUGGGCAAAAUGGCUACCACCCACCUGGGUCCUUCGUCAGGAAAGCAAGACUCUUCUUGUUCUCCAUGGUCAUUUCUUUGAAGAGCUUUGUGGCCAACAGACUAACCCUCCAAGCCCCCUGUACUCUCUGUAGGAUGGGUUCCCCCAUCAGAGGCACCCACCCUGCCUGCCUGCCCUUAGAGAGAUGUUCUCUGGUGCUGUCAGAAAUUGGUUCCCUAAUCCCGCUGUGACUUGGUGCUCACGGGCAACAAAGGGGGAUCCAGCAGGAUUAACCGAUGGAAAGAGAUUGUCCAGGGAGCAGCAUCCCCACAGCCAGGCCCAUGCAGGCAAACUCAAGACUUCUCCAGAUCAGGUGCUCUGCAGGGCGGGCCUGGGGGCCCAGUGUUGCCUGCUCCUCGCAGCGUCCUGCCCACAACAAGCACAGGGCUGGCCGCUCUAACCAACCAGACCACCACCUGCACCAGCACCUGCACUGAGCUCCUAACAAGGGAAGACAUGGGAGACCGGCCAGGCCUCAGCCCACAGACACCUGCCACCAGGGCUGGUCCACUGCAGUCACCCUGACCUGAGCACAGGUGCACACCGGAGCCCCACUUCGGCCCAGGAUGAGCAAGAACGGCCUUUGGCUUCCCCUCCUGCUCGCUCGGCUGAGGACGCGAGGGACUCCUGUUGCUGCCGGUGCACAAACAGCUUGCUGCGGCCACUGUGCCCACUGGGGUCACCGCAGCCUGGUGUCCAGAUGUUCACAUGUUACAUAUCAAACUAUUGUCUCAAAAUAUGUACAGAUGACUUCUAGGCCCUGGUUUUUCAGACUGUCUGCUUAUAAUUUAAUAUAAAAUUAACUAAACUGAUUCCUGUGACUUCACUAACAAACCUAGUCCCUUUUUAAAAAAAUUAAAAACCCAUUUUGUCUUUUUAGAUUAAAAGUAAAUCAGAUUUUUUACAUUUUAAAUGAUCGCACAGGAGACAGAGCUCUGUUACUGUAUAAGGAGUUGGUGGAAAACAAUGAAGGACUUCCUAUCAUUUUCUAGAUCGCCACCUGUGAAAACGGUUUUUGCACAUUGUAUUUUUCUUUGUAUAUGAAAUAACCUUUUUGUACUUUGUAAAAUACGAGGCCACUGUAUCUUCAGCAAUUUGAGACUGUACACAGUG